ACCCUGGCAUCUGCCAGAGCUCACUCCACCACAGAACCAGGCCCAGGCCACACGAGGAAGACGCUCUCUUGCAUCAUGACUGGCAAGGCUGUGGCUGCUGUGCUGAUCCUGCUCCUGAUCUCAGCCCUUGGAACACAAGGUGAGCUGGUGCCACGCUCGGCCAUCGAACUCCGGUGCCAGUGCAUAAGCACCUAUUCCAAGUUCAUCCAUCCCAAGUUCAUCCAAAACGUGAACCUCACCCCCAGCGGACCUCACUGCAAGAAUGUUGAAGUCAUAGCUACCCUGAGAGAUGGCAGAGAAGUGUGCCUGGAGCCCACUGCUCCCUGGGUGAAGCUGAUCAUCAAGGCAAUUCUGGACAAGCCCAACACCAAAUCUGAGACAGUGUUCUAAAACAAAGAAGAAAAA